AUGUACAGCAGCGACGAGUCCGAGCUUAGCUGCGACUCUAGUGGCUCCCUGCAGCAACAGCCUAAUACGCGCAUCCAGACGAAUGCGCAGAAGCAGUACGAGGAUGGACCCGAUGUUUAUGAUAACUUCGAUGACAAAGAGCCAGAGGUGGUGACCACUGACAGUGAUGAAAGUGCCACGUAUGUGCAGGGCACAGGUGACCGCGGCUACUGGGGGCCGGUGGGCGAGUCGACUCUGCCGACUGAGUGCAUCGAGCGCUGCGCUGUUCUGAUUGACUGUUCCAUGUUCGACCCGGCACUGCCGCAGGGCGACUGCAAUGAGCAAGUCGUGGAAUGGAGCAUCCGUGUCAUCCAGUAUCCAUUCCAGGCGCUGGAACACGAGUUAGCCGAGACAAUGCUCUACAUAGCAGAGGUGGAUGCGUCGUACAUGACGAAGUUGGUGCGGGCGCAGACGGUGCAGCGCUGGCGGCAGCUUAUCGCGAGUCACCACGGUGUUCCCUGCCUUCCGCGUGGCAUCAGCUACCAGUUUAAGGAGCUGCAUCGCACUAUACGCACGUUCCGCACAUACGUGGACGAAUUCUGCCACUCCCUCCUGGACGAGAAAAAAGGCCCCAGUCGCGUCGCAAAGGGGGCCUCUCAGCAGUCAAGUGGUAGUGGCGCUGCCAGCGAGGACACGUGUAUGAUAGUAGCGAGGACGAAAGAGGAGGUGCUCGAUUACUUGCCAGAUAAGUUCUGGCGCAUCAUUGAGGCCGCCACAAAGACGUGCGAGUCUGAGGAAAUGAAGCGCCAAAUCGCCUUUUUCACGGCAGAGCGGCGACGUGAUGAGGUUCUCCGUGCGUUGCUGUGGCUGCAGAAGAAGGCUAAGAUAUCGCUGCCGCCGUACCACGUCUUCACGAUUGCCUCUGCCCUCGGAGAGGAGUGGGAGGAGCUUGUGGCGAGAGAGAUGACGAAUUUCUGCUGCCGGUACCACAGCCAUUUAAUGAUAAAUAAAUACGGCAACCCCCACCACUGCUGCGAGAGUACGGUGAGGGCGAUGGCGCAUGUCAUCAACGCGGCAGUCCGCCAGCAGCACGGAGGCUAA